AUGUUUAUUUUUGUUCUGUUAAGUAAUUAUCGUAAUCUUAUUCAUCAAAUAGUUUAUCUUAAUAAUGAUGAAUUAAUUCUUCAAUUUCAAUUGAAUGCUAUUACACGUAAAUAUCGAUUUCAAACUGUUAUAUAUGAUUAUGCUACACAAUUAUCAUCUGAUAAUCAAAUUCUUUAUAAUCGUAUUCGACAACGUAUCGAUUUAGGAUUAGAUUAUGUUAAUUUAUCGACUACUGAUAAUCUUAACAUUAGUUAUAAUAUGAUUUUUCCUGUAAAAACAGAUCCUAAUGAUCGUGUUCAUGCAUUACAAAUAUCAUUCGAAAUGAAAAAAGUUCGUCAAUGGUUUCGUUCCGCUCUAUUUUUAGGUGCUAAAGUUUUUACAGUUGCAACAUCAUUACAUGCUGUUUAUUGUCCAGUUUGGUUACUCGUACAGAGUGAUCCAACUCAAUAUAUCGAACAGAUUCCAGUUUGUGUUUGUCAAAUACCAACACAACCAUGGCGUGAAGAAUUUAUGGGUUUUCGAAUUGAUGAAGGAUGUGAUGGUCGAAAACCAAUUGAAGAAACAUGUGAUUAUCACAAAAAAGCAAGAAGUUGUUAUCGAAAGAAAUCGGAUACAAGUUGGGCCGGUGCUCAAUGUUGUUAUGAUGAACAAGGUAAAUUCAUUGAACAUGGAAACGAAGGUGCUGGAACACUUGAUGUUAUAUCACCAGAUGCAAAUAGUUGGUUUAAAAAACGUUUAAGUAUGUUUGGUCAUUUCUUUUCUGAUUUUCUUUCUUAUUGGGCUUGUUGUCGAAAUUCUUUAAUGAGUGAAGCAAUGUGCAAAGCUUAUUACAAUUAUCGUCCUGCAGGACGAUGUGUAAACAUUGAAUCUGAAUCAAUUGAAAUACAUAGAAAACCUUAUUUUGUUACACUUAAUGAUAUUUCAUAUAGAUUUCGAGAACAACGUGAAUAUAUAUUAUUAUUUCUUCCAAAACUUAAUGGUCUAGAAGUUCAAGUACGUCUUACAUCUAAUAGUAAUGAUAGUAAGAUAGAUUCAACAGUUGGAAUUAUUGCUUUUGUUAUUGGAAUUGUAGAAUUUAAUAAAAGUGUUCAAUUUGAACUUUUUCCAAUGCAUCAACUUCUCGAAAUUCGUGUUGAUACGCGGCUCAUUGAAUUACCUGAUGAAGAAUUUGUUGUACCAAUGAUUAUUUAUGAAGAUGAACAUGUCAAAAUUAAACGUAAAGUUAACGGAACAUUUAAAAUUUGCUUUCGUGGAAUUCCUCUUCAAUUUCGUGCACAUAUUCGUCCAACAUUCGACUUUUUUUACCUUGAGACACUAGUAGAACAAGAUAUAUUUAGUAAAUUACCUACACCAUCCUAUGGUUUACUUGGUGAUCUUACAAGUCUUAUAUUUCCCAAUGGAACAAGAAUAUUAAACAAUAAAAGUAAUGAAAAUACUUUAUUCGAAUAUGGUGAAUCAUGGCGUAUAUUACAGAAUGCAUCACUUUUUUAUUAUUAA